UUUCAUUCAUAUUUCUCUCUUCUUUUUUUGUCUGAAAAAUAUAGAAAAGCUCUAAUUUAAUUAUGGCAACCGAAGGCAAGAAAAUGGUGACUUUAAAAUCAAAUGAUGAUAAGGAAUUUGAAGUUGAAGAAGCUGCAGUAAAUCAAUCUGAAAUGAUCAAGAACAUGAUUGAAGAUGGAUGCGCUACUAGUGUUAUUCCACUUCCAAAUAUUGAUAGCAUUACCCUAAGCAAAGUCAUUGAGUAUCUCAACAAGCAUAUUACUAGGGACGAAGACGAGGACGAGGACGUGGACGAGGACAAGGACAAGGACAAAGGAAAGGAGGCGGAAACAGGUGAGGAAGAAGAUCUCAAGGAAUUCGACGAGAAAUUCGUAAACAUGGGAUGGGAAGAGCUUUUCGACGUAAUAAUGGCAGCAAAUUAUUUGAACAUUCACGAGUUGAUGGAAUUAUGUUGUCAAUCUGCAGCUGAUAGAUUGAAGAACAAGAGUGUUAGAGCAGUUCGUGAGAUGUUAAAGAUUACUAAUGAUCUUACUGAAGAAGAAGAGAAAGAGAUUAUUAAUGAUGCUCCUUGGGCUUUUGAAGGUCCUGAAAUUGAUGAUACUGUUAAUUAGAUUAUUAUAGUAAUAUCAAUUUAUUUAAUGUACAAUAGGCAAAAGGAAUUUUUUUGGAUGUGGGGAUUAAUGAAAUAAUGAUCUCUACAUUAGAGUCUAUGGAUAUUUUAGGUCUAAUGUUAUGUUGGUUCUUUAGUUUUUUUGGUUAUUGUACUCUGCAUGUUUGAAGGGAGCCUUGGAGCAACGGUAAAUUUGUUUCUACGUGAGUACGGGAUGCUUUGUGCACACCAGGCUGCCCUUUUACUCUGCAUGUUAUUCAUGGUGUUUUGAUGUAUUUGCACUGUUGAAUAAUUGAGUUAUUUUGUUUCUUUGGCUCUAGUUA